ACUUGCACAAGUGCGACCCUGAGAUCACGGUGGAUCUUAUUUAUAUACGCGCAACAGAAUCCCAUUGGACGCAUAGACAGAGGACACGGUCUUCUAUUAGAGCGCCAUGUCUUUCAACCCUACGAAAACCGAAAAUGUGUUCCUUUACGUGCCAAAUCUGAUCGGAUAUGCCCGAGUGGCUCUUAUGUUUGCCGCUCUUUACUUUCUGCCGCAUCACACUUUGACGGCGGGAGCAUUAUAUUCCGUGAGCUGCCUGCUGGAUGCCGCCGAUGGACAGGCGGCAAGAUACUUUGGACAAACCUCUCGAUUCGGCGCCGUGCUGGAUAUGGUCACCGACAGAAGCACGACGUCAUGCUUACUCGUAUAUCUCUCACUGACCUUCCCGCGUCUGACCCUCAUCUUCCAAACGCUUAUCGCCCUCGAUCUAUCGUCACAUUACCUCCAAAUGUACUCCUCUCUCGUUCUCGGCGCUGGUUCGCACAAGAAUGUGGACCCGAAGAAAACCUCAUGGCUGCUUCGCCAAUACUACACUAACAAUAAGGUCCUCUUCUUGGUCUGCGCUGCGAACGAGGCCUUUUUCAUCGCGCUUUACCUCCUCGGCACGUGGCAUGUAGAACAGGCAAAGGGAAGCCUCGUCGCGUUGAAUGUCGGACCGGGAUACCCAAUGGUCGCUGCAGCAGGAUCAGGAGUGAGCUCUGUGCCUGUAGAGAGCGACUGGAUCCCGAAAAACGGAGGUGGCCUAUACCUGACACUCAUAGGACUUUGCGUCGUGACGUUCCCGGUCUGCGCCCUGAAGCAGUUCCUGAACGUCGUUCAGCUGGUGGGAGCAAGCAGGAACCUUGCCCGCGCGGAUAAGGCCAUCAGCGCGCAGAACAAGGCAAAGUCGCGCUAGAAGAGACUUGUGUUUACUUGAAACCUGGGGAACUGGGACGAGUAAUCAUGCAGCAAAUAGAGCUUUCUCCUCGGGCACUGCGUCGAUCCUUUCGCGGAUCCGUCGUCGGUGGUGUAGAUAUAUCAGGAUUUACAAUGAUAUGAAACGAAAUCAUCAACACUGGGCAGAUGUCUAUGGGCGUUCUUCC